AUGGUAAAUGGACAUCUUUUCGAAACCAGAAAUCUUUUCACAAGUAAACAGCUCUCGAAUAACUACAAAACUUUAAAGCCAUGCCUUUCUCCCAGCCAUCUCAUCUCAGUUAUCCUGCAUGCUUCUACACAGCUUCACACGACUCUAUCCAUAACUCAUCUCUACCACAAAUUCUUUUUCUGCUCUCUCUCUUUCAUUCGUCUCCUCGCUCUUAACUGCAUUGGGCUUCUGAUAUCUUCAUCUUCUCUCUCUUUCGAUUUUGAUUUAGUGUUUGUUGUUUCAGGUUUGGUGGUGUUGGAUCAUGCAAAAGGGGGAAGAUUCGUCGACGGUACAUUUUUUAUGGCUCCAUGUGUGGUUCCUCUGUGUGGAAAUGGACUGUGGAAAGUUGUUCAACCGGGAUGCAUGUUGGGUCGGAGAGAAAAUCCAGGGGAGCACGAGGCCAUGCGAAGAAUGAAAAAUGAAUUCAUGGUAAACUGGGAUGGCUUACGUACAAAGGAUACUGUAAGAGUUCUUGUGCUCAUAGCCACCAACAGACCUUAUGACCUUGACAGGGCUGUCAUACGAAGGCUGCCUCUGAGAUUAAUGAAUAAGGUUAUAUGUGCCAUCAUGCUUUUUCGUCCUGUUAAAGAGAUUUUAGAAAAGGAAAAAAGUAUGGUUCUUUAG